AUGCCUGUGUUCAAGCGCCCGCAUCUGAAGGUGGAGCAGCCGAAAUCGGCGUUUGCGGAGGGGAACGAGAGAUGGACGAAUAAAGAUCUUGAUCCUGUGCCCCGACAUGCUCGCAAAUGGGGUGUAACAUCCCUGAUUGCAUAUUGGAUUUCUGAUGCGUUCAACGCGGCAACAUGGCAGUUUGCUUCUGGCAUCAUCGCAGUUGGUCUUACAUGGCGCGAAUCCCUCGGUAUCGUUGCGCUCGGCUUCUUCAUCAUCUCUAUCGUUAUUGCUCUAAACGGAGCUACGGGCGUCAUUCACCAUGCACCCUUCCCCGUCCUAGCCCGCGCCUCCUGGGGCUUUUGGGGCUCCUACAUCGCCAUCAUCUCGCGCGCCAUCCUCGCCAUCUUCUGGUUCGCCAUCCAAACCAUGAACGGCGCCAACACAGUGCGCGUCAUGCUGGGCGCCAUCUGGCCGUCCUUCCUGACGCUGCCCAACCACAUCCCCGCCUCGCAGGGCAUCGAGACGAAUACCAUGGUCUCGUUUUUCCUCUUCUGGCUCAUCCAGCUGCCGUUCUUGUACAUGCAUCCGAAUAAUCUGCGCUGGCUAUUCAUGGUGAAGAGCGUCAUUGUGCCGGUUGCGUGGAUUGCGAUUCUGGUCUGGGCGUUUGUGGCGACUGAGGGAGGCGAGUUGUUUGAUCAGACGCCGUCGAUUGAAGGGAGUGCGUACUCGUGGGCGUUUCUUUCGUCGCUGACGUCGGUUAUUGGGAACUACGCGACUUUGUCUGUUAAUCAGGCCGACUUUUCCCGCUACUCUCGCGUCUCUGUAAAGUGGCAGCUCAUCUACGUUCCAUUCCUCCCCGUCGUCUUCACGUUCAUCUCCUUCAUCGGCAUCGCGGCCUCCUCCGCCGGCGCCGUCCGCUACGGCACCCUCCAGUGGGAUCCCAUGGCUCUCAUCGCAAACUGGUCAUCGCGCGCAUGCCGCUUCUUCGCCGCCUUCAGCUUCGCGCUCGCCGCGCUCGGCGUCAACAUCAGCGCCAACUCGCUCUCCGCCGCCAACGACCUGACGGCCCUCUUCCCGCAAUACGUCAACAUCCGCCGCGGCCAGCUGCUCUGCGCGAUCAUCGCAUGGGCGCUCGUCCCCUGGAAGAUCCUCGCGAGCGCGGGCAGCUUCCUGAACUUCAUGGCCGCAUACGCCGUGUUCCUGGGCCCCAUUGCCGCCAUCAUGGUGUUCGACUUCUGGUGGAUCCACAAGCGUAAGUACAACACGCUCGCGCUGUACCAGCCGCACUCGAUCUACCGCUAUUGGCACGGCGUCAACUGGCGCGCCGUGACUGCCUUCCUGGUCGGCGUGGCGCCGAACCUGCCCGGCUUCAUCAACAGCAUUAACCCUAAGAUCGAGGUCGGUGUCGGCGCCAGGCCGUACUAUUUUGGGUGGCUGCUCGGGUUUGUGGCGACGAGCCUGGUGUAUGUGGGUCUGUCGACUGUGUUCCCGCCGCGGGAGAGCAUGAUUGAGAGGGCGGUACUGCCGGAUGAGGUCUAUGAGGAGAGUGGGUAUGUGGAUGAGGGCGUGAGUGUUGGGGGUGGGAGUGGUGGGGAGGAGGAGGGGAGGGUGGGCGAGAAGGGCGGGUGGAAGGAGAGGUUGGAUCGCAUGUUGUGA